CGUAUAAAUCCCUCGGUCCCUCCGCAAUGGAAUCCCCGCUCUUCGCCUGCAGCCUCCUUGCCCUCUCAGUCGCCUCGUCGCCGUGAUCAUGCCCUCGUUCAGCACCCUCCUUCCCCUCGUCGCGCUCGCGACCGCCGUCCAGAGUUUCGUCACUGUUCCUCUCAAUCCCAUCACUGGACGCGAGGGUGCUUACCUCAAGGGCCUCCCCGAGGCGAACCGUCAGCGCGCUGCUGCGCUCAAAUCUGGAAAGAGCGCAACUGCACCCGCGUCGAACCUCGCGUACGUGCAGUACACCACGAGCGUUGGUGUCGGUAACCCGCCGACGUACUACAACCUCGUCGUAGACACGGGAAGCUCGAACACCUUCGUCGGAACGGGUAAGAAGUACGUCCGCACGAACACGAGCGUCUCCACCAACGAGAAUGUCAAUGUCACCUACGGCCAGGGCUUCUUCACGGGCAAAGAGUACAUCGACCAGGUCACACUCGCGCCUGGCCUGGUUAUCAAGAACCAGUCCAUCGGUGACGCCCUCAAAUUCGCGUACUUCGACGGCGUCGACGGCAUUGUCGGCGUUGGGCCCGUUGAUCUCACCACUGGCACGCUCGCGCCUGACGAAAACGAAGCCAUCCCUACAGUGCUCAACAACGCGCUCAAGCAGGGCCUCAUCGAGGAGGAGAUUCUCGGUGUCUCAUUCAAGCAGGCGGGCCAGUACAAUGACACGAACGGUGCUCUAACAUACGGUGGCAUCGAUUCGUCCCUGUACACCGGCGACCUAACCUACACCCCGCUCACCAAGACCGAGCCGGCAAACUACUACUGGGGUAUCAACAUUACCAAGGCCACCUUCGGCAAGACCUCACUCUUCGACAAGUCCUACGCUGGCAUUGUCGACACCGGCACUACCCAGGUCCUCAUCGCCGACGACUUCUUCGCUAAAUACACCGCCGCCAUCCCAGGCUCAUACCAGGACAACAACACAGGCCUGAUCGUCAUCCCGCCCGCGUCCGUGUCCAAGAUCCAGAACCUGACGCUCGAGAUCGGCGGCAAGGACUUUGUGCUCGACGUCGGUGCGCAGCUCAUCCCGCAGGACGAGAACGAGGCCUGGGGCGGCGAGAACGGUACGCAGUACGGCGUCGUCGGCGGGCUCGGGUCGCCGAGCGGCGAGGGGCUCGAUUUUAUUGUGGGACAGACGUUCUUGGAGAGGUAUUACUCGGUGUAUGAUGCGAAGAAUGGAAGGGUUGGGUUUGCUUACACUAACCAUACUUGGUCGACGUGAUCGACUGCUAACGACGCUUUGAGAACAGCUUUUGUGCCGUGAAUUAAUUUAAGACUUCGCGAGUUAUUAGACACGUAUAUCGCAUUAAUGUUAUCAUUUCGCUUUCGCCAC